CUAGCGGUUAGCACUUAGCAGUACAAACUGUGUGUUGAGUAGAAAUUAGAAAUUAAAAAUAAUGUUGUUAUUUUUCUGACAUGCGCGGCGUCUUUUUUACUUUUCACCGCGUCUUCGAAUCCGUCCGUAAGAAGUAUGUCAAACGCUGGAGAUCUUCAGAAGAACUGGUACUCGAUACUUGGUGCUGCUCCUACUGAAGAUGUACAAGAGUUAAAACAGAAGUAUCAGAGACUUGUGCUGAUGUUUCAUCCAGACAAGCAGAAGCCUGGUCUAUCAGAUGAGGAGGCUGAGGAGAGUUUGAAGAGGUUUAUAGAGGUGGAUCAGGCGUGGAAGAUCCUAAGCAAUGAGAAGAGCAGGAGAGAGUAUGACCUGCAGCUACGUGCCCAUGAGUUAAAGCAGAGCUGGCCGGUUGAUGCAUGUGUAACACUGGAGGAGAUGAACUGGGACAGCGAGAAUGAGUGUUACUCGUACGGCUGUCGCUGUGGUGGCGAGUUCCUGCUGGAGAAGACGGACACGGACGAGGAAGACGAGGACGCUGUGGUGUGCUGCGAUACCUGUUCGCUUAGUAUAGAAGUCAGGAGAGGAGCUAAAUGACAUGGACAAAGAGUUCUGCCUCAUCAAGGUGCCUUCGUCAAGGCUUUAACAUUAAUGCCUUUUCUAAUUUAGGCAAAGGAAAUUGGUCUUUGCCUUCGCUUCAAAACCCUAUCCACAAACACCUUCGUGAGAAACACCUUUCUUACGGGUUAGCCAAUACUAUAAGUGCACAGGUACAGAACAAACGUUAUACAGAAGAUGCCGUAUCGGACACCAUUUACGCAUUCGUACCUGAUAAGGGGAGAGGAGGCCCCCGUAUGCAACAUACUACAAACUACAAUUACUGUAAAACACAUUUCGACAGAAUGUGUUAAAUACAACAGAGAGAGACUAAGGAUGACUAACGCAGUAAGCAAUAUCUUCAUCAGAAACAACGCAAACAUGAUGAUAAACUUUCUUACAAAUACAAACUUAAGGACUUGCUUAUAAACCCAAUAAGUCACUGAAGUAAUACUAAGUUUUCAUAUGAAAAACCGAUCCUGCCUUGAAAAUAACUCGCCAGAGUAAACAAGGCGUUAUAUCAACCGAACAAACAAGUGCACAGAUUAUAAGACUUUUUUGUGCACGGCUGUUGUGCCGUAACUAUCAGGAUCGUCAACAGAUCAAAAAUUAGAACUCACCUGUGAACGGUCGGAUGAGUCCCCAGACUGUUGGGUUCAAUUCCUGAUAAAGUAGUUCUACUGAUGUCAUCCGUCAUGAUUCCCUCUGUCUGGUACCAGGAGAUCAUAAGAAGGGACAAACAUGUUGUCUUUUAUUAAAUUUGUGGCCUAGUGGGUAGCACUGUCACCUCACAGCAAGGUCCGAUGUUCGAUCCCCUGGUGGGGCGGUCCGGGUCCUUUAUGUGUGGAGUUUGCAUGUUCUUCUCGUGUCUGUGUGGGUUUCCUCCGGGAGCUCCAGUUUCCUCCACGAGCGACAUGCUAGUGAGGUGAAAUGGAGACAAAAUUGUCCAUCACUGUGUUUGAUAUUAAACUUGUGAACUGAUGGAUCUUGUGUAAUGAGUAAUUACCGCUUCUUGUCAUGAAUGUAGCCAAGGUGUGUAAAACAUGAUGUUACAGUACUAAUAAAUAAAUAAAUUAUUAA